AUGGGAACCUCUCAGAGCCGCGAGGAUCACAUCACCGACUCAGACGAGUACGAGUCGGAAGAAGAAGAGGUUUCGGAAGACGAAGACCAGUACGACGACGCCGAGGAGAAGCCGCACCAGCCCUCCUCGAAGCCCAAAUCCAAAACCCUAGACUCCUCCAUCGACGAUGUCGACGCCAAGCUCAAAGCCCUCAAGCUCAAGUACGGCUCUCCUUCCUCUUCCUCUGCCGCGCAAAACCAGAACGCCGUCAAGCUCUAUCUCCACAUCGGUGGCAACACUCCCAAGGCCAAGUGGGUUGUCUCCGAUAAGACCUCUUACUCUUUCGUCAAGACCUUUAAUGUCGACGGCGACGAUGAUUACGACGACGACGUUCGAUCGGACCGUGAGGGACAAUGGGUCCUGAAGGUCGGGUCCAAGGUCCGAGCUAGGGUUUCCACCGACAUGCAAUUGAAGAUGUUCGGCGAUCAGCGCCGAGUCGAUUUCGUGUCCAAGGGCGUCUGGGCUUUGAAAUUUUACACCGACGAGCAGUACCGGAGGUUCGUGACGGAGUUUCAGGACUACUUGUUCGAGAACGUGUACGGAGUCAAAGCCACGGAGGAGAACAAGGUCAAGGUUUACGGCAAGGAGUUUCUCGGGUGGGCCAAGCCGGAGGCAGCCGACGAUUCGGCUUGGGACUAUGAUGAUAUUGAUCAAAGCCCUAAGUCGGCUACGCCGGUCCGGCCCAGCCAGGACUUGAUGGAGGAGUUUGAGGAGGCCGCCAAUGGAGGUGUCCAGAGCUUAACCCUUGGCGCAAUGGACAAUAGCUUCUUGGUGAACGACACUGGUGUUCAGGUUUAUCGGAAUUUCAACCAUGGGAUUCAUGGGAAGGGCGUAGUCGCGAAAUUCGAUAGCGGGGGCUCGAGUUUAGGGAGAUCGACGCCCAAGAAGGCUCUAUUAAUGAGGGCUGAGACUAAUAUGCUGCUUAUGAGUCCAUUGAAGGAAGGGAAGCCUCAAGCUAAUGGGAUUCAACAGCUUGAUAUUGAGACCGGCAAGAUUGUCACUGAAUGGAAGUUUCAAAAGGAUGGAACAGAUAUUACAAUGAGGGAUAUUACUAAUGACACUAAAGCGUCGCAAUUGGAUCCUUCGGAAUCAACCUUUUUAGGUUUGGAUGAUAACAGGCUUUGUCAGUGGGAUAUGCGUGAUCGGGCAGGAAUGGUUCAGAACAUUGCUGCCGCUAAUUCGCCCGUGCUGAAUUGGACUCAGGGGCAUCAGUUUUCUCGAGGGACCAAUUUUCAGUGCUUUGCUACCACUGGAGAUGGGUCUAUUGUUGUUGGAUCUCUGGAAGGGAAGAUAAGGCUGUAUUCCAAGACCUCCAUGAGGCAGGCAAAGACUGCAUUUCCAGGGCUGGGUUCCCCCAUUACCCAUGUUGAUGUAACUUAUGAUGGGAAGUGGGUGUUAGGCACAACUGAUACUUAUUUGGUUCUUAUAUGCACUCUCUUCACUGACAAAGAUGGAAAGACCAAGACUGCAUUUAGUGGUAGAGCUGGAAACAAGAUACCAGCUCCCAGGCUGUUGAAGCUCACCCCUUUGGACUCGCAUUUGGCUGGCACAGACAAUAGAUUUCACGGUGGCCAUUUCUCAUGGGUCACUGAAAAUGGUAAACAAGAGCGUCACCUAGUCGCAACAGUGGGAAAGUUCAGCGUGGUAUGGGACUUUCAGCAGGUGAAGAACAGUGCCCAUGAAUGCUACAGGAAUCAGCAAGGUCUUAAGAGUUGUUAUUGUUACAAGAUUCUGUUGAAGGACGAGUCCAUCGUGGAGAGUCGUUUCAUGCACGACAACUUUGCCGUUACAGACUCCCCGGAAGCUCCACUGGUGGUGGCAACGCCCAUGAAAGUCAGCUCAAUCAGUCUCUCUGGCAAGAGAUGA